AUGUACUUGUUCACUUUCACCGCCAUCCUAGCUUCUGCUGUGACCACAGCCAGCGCAGCAGGAUGCUACAGCGAAACCGGUCCGGGCUGGGGCGAUCUGCGCCAGGCUGCCAACAACGCUGCCGACGCUGUCUGCAACGGUGAUUCUGGCGGGGUAGCCGGCAACUUCGACGGCAACAGCAAGUACGCUUGCCGUAACCUAGGCGAGACCAUGAAAGCCGAAUUUUGGGUCACGGGAACAGGAUCUCUCAGCGACCAGGACUGCAAGUUUGGUCUCAAGGAGGAGAUCAAUGGCUGUGGUUGGGGUGGUGAGAAUACACAUGGAUCCUUCUACUACAGGUCUGACCCUAAUGAUGGUCAAUGCUAG